UAGCUAACAGUGCUAACAGCAUAAACAGUGCAAAUAACGUCAACAGUGCUGACGAAGCUAACACCAUAGACAUCAUAUAGGUAGACGCCCCCUUCGGCCUUGGGCGGCAUAAAUCGUCGGCGCCAUCUUGGUACGGGAGUUAUUUCGUCUUCGGAGUGAAGAUGCCUACUUCAUGCGCCGCUUGGGGGUGCACCACCGUCAGGACGAUUCAAACAAGAUCGCAAGGAAUUACCUUUCACAAGUUUCCCAAAGAGAAGCAGUUGAGGAGACAGUGGGAAGUGGCUGUGAAAAGGGAAGACUUUUCUGCCAAUGAGAGGUCAAUGCUCUGUAGCCAGCACUUUCAGCCGGAGGAUUUUGACCGGACAGGCCAAAAUGUCAGGCUCAGGGAUGGAACUAAACCAUCUGUGUUCAGUUUCCCAACACAUCUCAAAAGAAAAGUGGCAGCCAGGACUACACAAGCCUCAAGGAAGGCUGAAGCGAGCCUUGUAAUUGACUGUUCUUUACAAUCAUUACAAGUCACUGAACCUUCACCUAACUACCUUGAACACACUUAUGCAUUGCCUCCAUCUCCCACUCUUCUCAAGACUAGACUCAAUGAAGCCCUGGCUAGGGUGGAGAGUCUUGAGAAAGAGAUGAGGAACUCAAAGGCCCGAGAGCAGAGUGCGAAGAAAACAGUGCGUUGUCUUCUGGAGGACCUCAGGGGGAAGAACCUCAUAAAUGAAGAGCUGCAAGAGAGGCUUGACUUAUACUCAGAUCUUCCAUUAGCUUCCAUUAUGACUCUGAAGAACAAAGGAGGGCUGAUGAUUCCUUCAGAGGGGACAGUGAAGGUGGUCAGGUCAGCAGAGCGGUUCAUUCGCCAGCGUGCAUCAGGGCAAGCUGUCAGUGUGUCUGUGGUCAAGCAGUUUGUCCGGGCUGACAUCUGGACAGAUGAUGUGUUUCUCCUCAAGGAGCACAUUCAGGACACACAAUUUGGCAUUGAAAACCACCACUUUGCACUGUUGUCCUUGGUUGUGUCUGUAUUUCACAAGAUCAGGCUGCACCACAUUGCAAAACUGAGCACGCUGCAAUUACAGACUGGCAACAGUCGAAAAAAGCUCAGCAAGACAAUACUUUUUAAAGGGUUCUAGCCUAGAUUCAAUUAUUAUAUUAUAUCAUAUAUUGUGUGAAAUUAUAUAUUGUGUCAAUUGCACUGCAUAGAUGUGAAAAUGUUAUGAGAAUGAUUGUAUAUUAUGUCAAAUUGUACAAAUGUACAAAUAUAUAUAUAUAUAUUAUAUAAUAUGAAUAUAUAUACCUAUACUUAAAAUAUAUUAUAUUGUUUCACAUAUUAUAUAUAUCAUAUAUAUGUUAUUCCAU